UCUUUCCACUCUACCUUUUUUUUUUUUUUUUUCUUUUUGCUUUGAUUUUUCACUCAUGUGGGUUUGUUUUGUUCAUAUCUGUUCUUCAAUUGCCUGCAUAAUUUGGGAUCAAUCAAUGCCUGGAAUUUUCAAUUCCUUUCUUUCUCAGCUCUCACAAGCUUCAUUCUUUUCCAUGAAAGUUUAUAAAUUGUAACAUAUUGCAGAGAUUUAUCUAAUGCACAUACAUUUGUUCUUUGUUUUGCUAAGCCUUGUGUUGCAUUUUGCAACGUUAUCAAGAACCCAAUAUAAAAAUUUAGAAAAGGCAAACACUUUUUCUUGAUUUGGGCACGUGAAAAUCAGUUUCUUUUCAUCUUUGGUGUUGGAUGGUAAUUGGGUAAUUACCGUAAUGUCAAGCAACUUCGCCAUCUUUUGUUGCUCUUGUUCAAGAAUAUUCCUGGAUGUGUCUUUUCUGUUUCUUCAUACUUCACGUCUGUUCUCAAAGAAAGCAGAGGAAAAAGGGAGAUAUUUUAUUUGCGUGACAGAUUUUUCAAGCGGUGAAAUGAAAAAGUGUAACUGAAAAUCAUACUAUAUAAUCUGGGCUUCUAAAGCACAAUUCUUUCAUAAGUUUUCUGCUUCAAAGUAAAAUUAUAAAGGUUAAACAGUUGAAGAAAAUACAACAGGGCAGACCGACUUUAGAGAAGGGGUGAUUUUGUGAUGGCCAGGGAACAACUGGAGGUGCUGAAUGCACUUGAUGUGGCGAAAACACAAUGGUACCAUUUCACAGCAAUUGUGAUUGCUGGCAUGGGCUUCUUCACAGAUGCCUAUGAUCUCUUCUGCAUUUCCCUUGUCACCAAAUUGAUUGGCCGCAUAUAUUACCAACAACCUGGAGCUGCAGAGCCUGGAAGUUUGCCUUCAAAUGUCUCGGCUGCUGUUAAUGGUGUGGCCUUCUGCGGCACCCUCACAGGCCAGCUCUUCUUCGGCUGGCUUGGUGACAAAUUGGGCCGAAAACGGGUCUACGGCAUGGUCCUUAUGGUCAUGGUCAUAUGCUCAGUUGCAUCCGGCCUCUCAUUUGGGAGAGACGCCAAGGCUGUGGUUUCGACACUUUGCUUUUUCAGGUUCUGGCUAGGCUUUGGAAUUGGCGGCGACUAUCCUCUCUCAGCCACUAUCAUGUCUGAGUAUGCAAAUAAAAAGACCCGUGGAGCCUUCAUUGCUGCUGUGUUUGCCAUGCAAGGUUUUGGGAUUUUGGCUGGUGGAAUGGUUGCAAUUAUAGUAUCUACAGCAUUCAAGCACAGUUUUCCUGCACCCUCUUAUGAGGCUGAUGCAGCUGCCUCUAUUUUCCCACAAGCCGAUUAUGUUUGGCGAAUUAUUUUGAUGUUUGGUGCACUCCCAGCUUUGCUUACUUAUUACUGGCGUGCCAAAAUGCCCGAAACUGCUCGGUACACUGCCUUGGUUGCCAAGAAUGCCAAGCAGGCUGCUGCUGAUAUGUCGAAAGUUUUGCAGGUUGAGGUAGAAGCAGAGCAGGAGAAGAUAGAGCAACAAGGAGGGAAUGCUUUUGGUUUGUUUUCCAAGGACUUUCUUAGCCGCCAUGGCUGGCACUUGCUUGGAACUACCAGCACAUGGUUCUUGCUGGACAUUGCCUUCUACAGCCAGAAUCUAUUCCAAAAGGACAUCUUCAGUGCCAUUGGCUGGAUCCCAAAGGCAAAGACCAUGAGCGCUCUUGAAGAGGUCUUCAAAAUUGCCAGAGCACAAACUCUCAUUGCUCUCUGCAGCACCGUCCCCGGGUACUGGUUCACCGUGGCAUUCAUAGACAGGAUUGGAAGGUUCACAAUUCAACUAAUGGGGUUUUUCUUCAUGACAGUCUUCAUGUUUGCCUUGGCCAUUCCUUACCAGCACUGGACUCUUAGAGAGAACCGAGUUGGGUUCGUUGUGAUGUACUCAUUGACCUUCUUCUUCUCCAAUUUCGGUCCGAAUGCCACGACAUUCGUGGUGCCUGCAGAGAUUUUCCCAGCAAGGCUGAGGUCCACAUGCCAUGGUAUAUCAGCUGCGGCAGGGAAGGCUGGGGCAAUUGUGGGUGCAUUUGGAUUUCAGUAUGCAGAAAAGGGUAUUGGGGUGAGGAACUCCCUCCUAAUUCUGGGUGUGGUUAACUUCCUAGGGCUGUUGUUUACAUUCCUGGUGCCUGAGUCAAAGGGAAGAUCACUGGAGGACCUGUCUGGUGAAGCAGAGCAAGAAAAUGCAGCUCCAUCAGAAUCAAGGCAGCAGGAGAUUGAAAGUGGCACAAGAACUGCUCCAGUUUAAUUAGGCUUUUUCUUUUCUUAUCAGAUUAUUAUAGCAUUGUUGUGUAGGAUUUUUCGAAUGGUUGAUCAUGUUGCUUUUAUCUUCAUGCUCGGAGCCUGUUUAUUGUUUGUGGUAGCCUACGUUCCAAUUAAAAGUAAUUAAAAAGAUAGUUGGCUAAAUGCUCCUAAUUUUCCCAGUUGUAAUUUUUUAUUUUUUAUUUUAUAUCAUUUAUGCC